AUGGCAAAAAAGAAAUUAGCCUUUGAUGUUAUUGCUUGCAAUCUUCCUAGUGAUAUCCUAUUUCUCAUCGUUGCUAGGGUACCAGUUAAAUCUUUGUUACGUUUCAAAUCUAUUUGUAAGGCGUGGAAUGUUAUGAUCUCUGACGAUGAAUUCAGGAGAACUCAUUGCGAUCAAUGCAGAGCAUUGGGCCGUGAAAAGCUAUUGUUACACAAAUGUUAUUCUAAUUUUUAUACUAAUGAAUUCAAGUUUAGAGACUUGGAAACUUCCCAAUUAGCUACGAUAGCAAAGCAAGUUUUUCCUCUGGAAAAAUUCCAAAAAGCUAUAAUAUUGUGCUCGUGUGAUGGCUUGUUGCUUUUGAAGAACCUUGGGGCGUACAAA